CUUCUUCUUCUUCUACUACUUUUCUCCAUCUUCGAGAGAGCAGAAGCAGAGAGCCAGAUCCGUCGACCAACUGCUCGACUUCUAUUCUUCGACUUCAAGGCCUGAAUCCCCAGAUCCUGAACGCCAAGUCAGUGGUCACCUUCUCCCCUUCCAUUCUGACGACAUUUCGAUAAAGCCGGAGGAGUUGUUAGGUACUAAUUUUCACACUGUGACAGUGGAAAACAGCGACCCAAGUGCAGGUGCGAGCAUCAAUACCAGUCAUCUUCUCCUCAUUCAUCAGGGAUGGCUCAGGAAGCAAAACCUAUCACGAGUCCUGUACCAGAAGCGUUGUAUCCAACCUUAGCCGUUUUCAUGCUCGCGAUUGGCUUAGUAAUCACCGCUUCAUUCUUCAUCUAUGCAGCCACUGCAUCCAAACAAUAUCGCAGUUUAGCAAAGGAGCUUACUACUGGUGCAGCGGCAUCUGUUUUCUUGGGCUUUGGAUCACUGUUCCUGCUACUUGCUUCUGGAGUUUAUGUUUGACUUCUAUAGACGGUUUUAGAGGGGUUGAAAAAAAAAUUCAGAACAGUUUUAUUUCAAAAUGAUACUUAUGGUGUUAUUUCUAUUAGUUAUGCUUAGUUGUUAAUGUGAGACCAACCCUUGGGUGUCAUGGAAUCAAAGGCCGCCCAAUUUUGUUCA